CGAACCAGUUGAGCGCUGACUUUGCAAACGUUUUCACGUCUCCGGGCCAAAAGACUACAUACCGUAAGCUAACGAGGCCAACACAAAUGCAUAUUGGCCAAAAAGCCACGGCAAACACGGUAAAGACAAACUAACCAACGAAACACUUUUCAUUUCGCGCCUGUCUUUGCAGACAUUUUUCUGACUUUGUUGUCUUUGCCUUGUCUUUGUUUUGGCCUGGCUUAUUCGAUUUGUGUGUUUUUUUUAUCGCCGACCAAGUCAAGUGUUUGGGCCAAGUUUUGUUGGGCCGUUUUAUUCGUUCAACGGGCGCUUGAGCGAACGGUUGUUGCUUUGUCUUUUAACUUUAACUUUAACUUUGGCUUUGUAUCUUUGUAUCUUUGCAUCCGACGGAUACGCGAUUCGAUUCAAGCCGUCUCGCGACUUGUGUGUGUGCGUGUGAAGAAAGAGCUAUAUUUAUAUAGAUAUAUAUAUAUAUAUAAAAUAUAUUUUGUUGCCGUUUUCUGGCUGGUGAAAUAGCCAUAGCAAUCCGCGCGCCAUCGUAAUAAUAGCAAUAGUUUUUCCAGUGUUUAUUACAUAAAAUAUCAACGCAAAUUUUAUAUAUCGUUUUGUAUAUAUAUAGACGAGUAUAUAUAUCCAUAUGCCCAGCGAGAAAAUCUUAUGCAAAUGCGUUUUCAAAAAUAAUUAAGCGCCAGCCUCGAGAUUUGGCAAGAAAGUCGUUUGCAGUGCCUCAGUGACUUGGAUUUAAUUUUUGGAUUUUUGGAUAUACCCAGCCGAGACAGUGCAACCUCUAAAUCAAGCCAUGUGCCGGCCAUAAACCGAACGACACGCUUCCUAAUUGAAAACAGAGCCAGCUAAAUGGACGCGUAGCAAGAGGCCAGCAGAGCGAGCGAGAGGGAGAGUGUGCGAGCGACAGAGUGAGAGAGCGAGUGAGACGAUCGUGAUUUGGAUUUUCAGUUUGAUAUCAAAACGGAGCGGACAGCCAAGAAGCGGAGAAGAAGAAAAACAAAAUUCACGCCAAAAUGUCCAACGCUACAAAAAUGGUUUACAGUUAUAGAAUUUUAUGGCUUUCCGGCGUUUUACUAGGUCCCAUCUUGUUAGCCGCCAUUGCGGUUCAAGCCCAAGAGCCAGCCAGUCCAGUAUUUCAAAAUCACAAGACGAAGGAAUGGACGAAUUUAGAUAACAUAACAUUCUCCUUCGAUUGCAAGAGGCGUUCUGUGGGCUUUUAUGCCGACAUGGAGUAUAAUUGCCAGAUCUUUCACAUGUGCGAUGAGGAGGGCAAUCGGAUUCCACAUCUGUGCGCCAACGAGACGAGCUUUAACCAGGAGUACAGAAUCUGCGACUGGGACUACAAUUUCAACUGCACAGAGUCACCUAAAUGGUUCUACCUGAACGAACUGACCUAUGCCACAGAUCCGCCAGAUGAAGACGACGAGGAUUACUAAACGACUUGCAAUUAAUUACAUAUUUAUUGUCUCUUCAAAAGCAAAAAACAAACUAAUUAAAUUAAAAAAACGAACGCCGUAUGAAAAACGCUGAGUAAUUGUAACUGAAAAAGAAAACAGAAAAAUCUGUGUGAAAAUCUGUAAAAUUCCAUGCAAAUGAGAUAUAAACUAAUUUAAGCGCCUUGUUGACGAUUUGUUGAGUUUCGUUUUGUACUUUUGUAUUGUAGUUUAAUUGAUUGAUUGAGUCGUGAAUCGCGAGAGAGAGAGAGAGGAGGAGUUGCGUUGUGUAUAUAAUGUAUAUAGAGAUGGUACCCAGUUCCAUUUCCAUUUCCAUUUCUAUAAGUUUUCCAUUCGAAAUGCCCCGGAAGAACCUCGGAUGGGUCCGCCAUUCGCCACAUUAUUGUAUAAUUUACAAAUAAUCUUCGUAUUUGUAAGCAAUCUUAAAUCGAAAUAAAAACAAAAUCAAAUUGCUACCCUAA